GUAGUAGCAGGCUAGGCUGGUGAGCAUUUCUGGAACAUCCCUUUGGUCGACUGUAUCAAACCUAUUAUUAUUCAGCCACUUCCUGCCUCCGAGUGUGCUUCAAUUCCAAGAUAGUUUGGAAACUAUGCCAGCGAGAGGGUGAUAGCGCCUGCUGCUUAGCUGUUGCUGGCCAUCAGGAAGGACAUUUGAUAGAAUAAAUUUGGGUCUUGACUCUGGCGAGAAAACGAAGAACAACUCCGAAGCGUGGAGAGUGUCUAGGGUUCAUUCAAUGCCCCCCAGCUCAGCGCGGCGACUAAAUUCCCGGCAAGCUCUGCUACUCGCUGCCGCUGCCACAUGCAGUAUUAUUUUAGUGCUAGUUGCAGCCGAAUAAGAAGACACUGGCGCAUGUAAGGAGAUCCCACGUUGACCUACUAUUUAUGCUGGGCCACUUGUGGAGCUUUUGAGAGUUUUGGAGAGUUGUCAAGCUGUUCUAUUGUCAGCAAAAGCGGCCUUGGAAAAUGGCAAUCCGGCCAUCUGCAGCUCUUGUAGUACUUCUUAGUGUUGCCUGGAAUGCUGCUCAUCAAGCGCUCGGUCAAGGCUGCAACAUUCCUCCCACAGUUGACUUUGAGAAUUGCCUGUGGUCCAGGAAUCUGGCAAAAAGCUCAGGGUACGAUUGGCAGACGUCGGCCUCGCCGGUAAGAGUCGGUCAUUUGACAACGUGGGUGAGGCAGCAAGCGGCCCUCAUCGUGAAUGAUCUCGCAGGCGAUUCGGAUCCACAUGACCACACUCUGGGAAAUGAAAUCGGUUUCUACUUUGCCGCUACAAGGUUCGGUGAUCCUGCCAUUGGCAGCAACAUUUCGGUGCUCUUGCAGUCGCCCGAGUACACCAUUGACCAAACAAACGCUUGCAGUGUGUCCUUCCACUACCAGCUCAAGACGCGCUUUGCUGCAGAUGCGCUUGUGGUCCACUUCAUCAGUAGUGAUGGCACAAGACAUACGGCGGCAACCAUUACCACCGACACCCCCAGUAUGUGGGUAAUGAGGAGCGUACCUGUACCCGCAGGUCUGACUAAGUUCAAGCUACUGUUCCAGUCCCAUCUAGUCCCUAACGACAGUGUUGGAUUUGCUACAGUGGAUGAUAUCCGGUUCUCCUCAUCAUGUUGUCAAGCGUACACCCCGUUGAAGGCCGACUUUGAAUGCGGCUUGCAAGGCUAUAUGAUCAACCAGGGUAACUCUACCAUGGGCCGCUGGAACUACUCCUUAGCCGGUACGUCAAGAAGCUCAAGUAGACCAGCGGAGGACAAUACCCUGGAGAACAUUCAACCCGGGCAUUUCCUCAACGUUGACAGUGUGGUGAAUAAGGGUAAGACGACGUUCUUCACCUCGCCCGUGCUGCGGCCAACAUCUAAAUGCCAGAUGACACUGUGGUAUCAAGUUGGUGCGAAUGUGCUGACAGUGUGGCUUGAGAGGGUCAAUGGUCCUGGCCGACAGUUGCUAUGGAACAGCACUUCAUUGCCAGCUGCACAGACCUGGACGAAGCUCGUCCUGCCUGUGAAUUCCAUGUCAGAGUUCAGGAUUGUCUACAUGGCUGACAUUGCCGUGCGCUUGUCCCCUGUUGAUGUAGCUAUUGAUGACAUCUCCUUUGACAACACAUGCUGGAAUCCAUCAAGACUACCAGCAGGGAGUGACUACGGCCUUCCAGCAGCGUGUGACUGGAUCGGCCACGACACAAGAACACAGCUCAAUGUCAACGAACGCAAUAAGGUUGUCUUGGCAAGCGGCAUGAGAUUCCCUUGCAAUGGAACAGUGUCAGAAUGGGUUGCGUACGUUAGUAGCCCGGCCAUUUAUACACUGUCCAUCGUACGGGUGAUGCGUAACGUAGCGCCAGACAGUGCACUCUAUGUUUCCAUCAGGGACUCCGUCGUUCUCUUGUUUGACGCGCCUGGGGAAUCGGUGGGACGAAUACCUGAUGGAAUGGCAGCCAAAAACCUUUCCUUCAACGAAGGUGACACAUUCCUCUUUGAAAAGAGCAGCCUGACCUCAGCCCUCGGCAGAAUCAGACUCAGUGAUGGUGAAGGAGGCUUCUGUGCUGAACCUACGAAGACUCUAUCAGAUUUGAAAGCCAUCUAUCCUCCGACAUCAUCAAACGCCUACAAGUUUGAGAGUUCUAGGUGCAGCUCCCCAGUGGAGUAUGCCAUUCGAGUGACCUUCACCUCAGGCAGAGGAGAAACGAUAACCAUGCCAGCGUCUAGUAGUGCAGCGCCCAACACAACCGCAGCUCCAACUCGCGUAGCUCCCACCACCUCAUCCAGGACACCUAGCUCAUCUAGUGCACAACCUCCAUUGGUUGUCAUCAGCUCACAAGCAACAACUCAAGCCACAUCAAGUAAUGCCGACACCAGCACUGCAUCGCCGGCAACUGUAGCGGGGGAUACGGGCAUUACUGAGAACCGUAGCUCUACCAACAUUAUACCGUAUGCGGUGGCUGGGGGCGCCAUCGGCGUUCUUUUCAUUGUGUUGGCCAUACUAGCCAUGUACACCUUGGUAAAACGCCGUCGUAGUCUGCGCAAGGCAAGCAUCGUUCAAACAGUUCUACCAUUUCCAGAUGAUGUUGAUACGAGGGAUAGCACCGUCCGGCAGGUGGUCAACCAGUCUUAUGAACAGGAGUUUUCACUGGAGCCGCAGACAGUCAUGUGCACCGCUAGCGAUUCUUAUCUGGUAGGCAGCAAGGAUGCCUCUCCAGCUACAAAGAAAUCUUUGUCCAAUGGAAGGCCGAAGAACGGGCAUGUGAUGAUGUACAAUGGACAUAGCGGCGGCAACGGUAGCCUGCCGUAUGCCAAGCACACGGCGGAGCGAGUGCAGUCGAACAGCACCGACACAACCAUGAUCAGUGACCGGAGCACACCGUCGGAUACCUCCUCACCGCAGCGAGCUGACGGCGACAACAUCCUGCCAGGUGCUCUGCAUCUGUCGAUGGUGGCAGCCAACACUCCCACCUUGCAGAGCAAGCCGCCUAUCCCAGGUGAUGACAUGCGGAACGCCCAGCAGCGAAAUGGUACUUUGGACACGCCUGCAAGCCAGGGCCGAGUUCACAUCUAUCAGGUUGUAGGACAGAGUUCGCAGGAUGGCACACCCGCUGAAGAGCGUACCAUAGCUGUGGAAGUAGCGCGCAACUCGCCGUCCCCAAUCAGGCUACCUGCACCGACGACGGCUUACACAGAACCAGUGGAUGAAUUGGAGCAAGGCCCAGGCGGCACACUUAGCAGCGAGUUCCGGUCCAGCUUUCGCUAUAGCGAGCCACCGAGCAACAUCCGAGAUAUGUAUGCACAUCUGAACAGCCGCAGCUAUCAGCGCCUGCAACGCGCUCAGGUGGAACUACAGACCGAAGUGGGCAAAGGGGAGUUUGGCAUUGUGUACGCUGGAGUGUGGCAUCGGCAAGCUGCUGAUCACCAUGUGGCGGUGAAGAUUCUUCAAGGCGAGUCAUGUGAAAAGGAGCGUGUUCGCUUUCUACGAGAAGCUGCCAUCAUGGGCCAGUUCAGUCACCGAAACAUCGUCAAGUUGAUUGGAGUUGUUGCAGAGAGUGACCCGCUGUACAUAGUACUUGAACUGAUGCAGGACAAUUUGAAGAAUUACUUGCGAUCUCUUCGACCAGGAAUGCCGUCUUGUGAUGAAUACGCCGGUGAAAAUCUUCCUCAGCAUCUGCUCAGCAUGUGCAAGGACGUAGCAUCAGGAAUGGCCUACCUCGACCAUAAGGGAUUCAUCCAUCGAGAUCUCGCCGCUAGGAAUAUCAUGAUCGAUCCUGACCGAGUAUGCAAGGUUGGUGAUUUUGGACUUGCACGUGAUCUUGAUGGUGGUAAUAACUCCUACUACGUGUCUCAAGGAGGCAGGGUACCAAUCAAAUGGACAGCACCAGAGGCGAUCUUCUUCCGCAAGUACUCGAGUGCCAGCGACGUCUGGAGCUACGGCAUCCUCCUGUACGAGAUCUGGUCGCUGGCUGCCGAGCCGUACGCCUGGUGGGAUAACAAGGAGACUUUCGAGAAAGUGAAGAACGGUUACAGGCUGUCACCACCAGCUGGCUGUCCGCUGAACAUGUAUGAGAUGAUGAUCCAGUGCUGGCACCCGGACCCGCAUCAACGGCCAGCGUUCCAGGGCAUCUUACGCUGCCUGGACCUAACGGAUCAAGACCACCUCUUACUAAUCUCCAGUGGUCUACUCUCCAAUGUACUGGGCAGCGGUAGUGCUGACCUGGCCGAGAAGCCAUCACACUAUCGCACGCUACAGCAGCGCUUCGCUGACCAGCCGGUGCCAGAAGAGCCUGACCAGAUAACUGCCGUAUGAUUGAAAAAAAACCGUGCUCGUUGUCCGGACCUUGACUUUCUGAUGCUUGAGCCAUGCUAUUUCUAUUUCCUACUUGUGCCCUUUCAUGUUGUCUCAGAACUAGUCUUGAGUUGUUGAGUGAUAUAAUGAUAUUUGUAUACGAGUUGUACUAGGUGUAUGCUCAUAUUCGUAAGUACAGUGUCGGAUUCAACCAUACAUGCAUUGUAAAGAAAAGAAAAUGGCGUAAAUAUAAUGGUAUUUGCCAACAGAAGUAUCUUGAGAUCUGCUACCCCUUGCCUUAGCACACCUCUUCAUGGAUAGUUUUGGUCAAGUUCCUUUUUUUUUAAAUGGCACAGAGCAGGCAGCGUAUCAUCUCCUAAGAAGGCUAAACAUUGAAUCAGUCCUUGCCACCCCUAGUUCCUGUCCUGUUCAGAAAAAACCUAGAUGAUAAAAAACGCUGCUGAGCAGCUUUCUUGGCCUUUCAGAGUUUUCAUUGUUUUUUCUUGCUAUGACUUUCUUCCCAUGCAGACAAUUGUUUUAAAUAAUUGUUAUUCUUCUAAUAAUUUUAUGGUUUUAAUUAAAAUUUACUUCCAAAUACUUCCAAGUUUCCCGAGCUCUCAUUACUCGAAACGGAUGACGAGUGUCACUGGCAGAUAUGAAGUUAUGAAUGCAGUGGCAGAGUGACAUUCA